UUAGGUACGUAUUCAACUCGCACCGCCGGCGCACGUCGAUCCCGCACAGUUAAUUACGGAAAAGAUUACGCACGUUUUUGGCUAUGUUAAAACAGAGCCGAUCACCGCUUAGCUGUUAUCAAACUCGCUGAUUUGUAUUCGCAUUGAACUCACAGUGCAGUACGGGCAGCGUCCGAGUCACGGCAGGAUGUUGUCGGCGGAACAAUUGUCGUUAAUGGUGAAGGAACACCUCGGACUCUAUAGCUACUACGACGACGUACAGCACUCUUGCAAAUGGAUUGUCGGAGAAUCUUCAGUUGGGGGACGAGGACUUAUCACCACCGAGAAUAUAGCUGCUGGAGAGGUGCUUUUCGUUGAUCAUCCACUUAUAUACGGACCACGUGCUGGAACUAUAUUACAACAAGGCUGCACAGUUUGCUGCAAGUUGGAUAGCGACGAGUUUUUCAAAUGUUCUAAGUGUGCGUUACUUUUAUGUUCCGGACAAUGUCAAGACUCUGGUGUACAUUCAGAUGACUGUGCUAUUAUUUCGCGCUGGGGGACUAAAGUACCCAUUGAGGAUGUCGAUGAUAAGUUAUUAUCACGAGCGCUGACGGCGAUUAGAGUAUUGUUAUUGAGUGAAAAUCAAAAACAAUUUAUGGCUUCCCUUCAAGCACAUACUUCGCCACAACACGGAACUGAAAUAAAAGAUCUGAAACAAUUUUUCGAUAUACCAGAGGAUGAAGAGCAGUUGAUGACAUUAGCGUGCUGCGUGUUAGACACAAAUGCGUUCCAAAUAGCAUCUUUAUACGGUAAAAAGGAAAUGAGUUUGCGAGGUUUAUAUCCUGUGUCAGGAUUAUUGAACCACAACUGCAUCUCUAACACUAGGUACAGCUACAACAACGAAUAUCAAAUGACAGUGAAAGCAGUAAAACCUAUACCAAAAGGAGCAGAAAUAUUUACUUGUUAUUCUGGAGUACUGUGGGGAACUCCGGCACGUCGAACCCAUCUAUAUAAGACAAAACAUUUUUGGUGUAAGUGUGAAAGAUGCGCUGAUCCAACGGAACGCGGUACUCUAUUAGCGGCUCUAAAGUGUUUCUCGAGUGAAUGUUCCGGGUGUCUACUUCCAAUAGAACCAUUAAAGCCAUCAACACCUUGGCGUUGUUUAGAGUGCAGUCUACGAAUUCCCAGCAACAACAUUUGUGCAAUACAAGGUGCUCUAGGAAGUUUGAUGGGGACAUUGAACUUUGAGAAUGUUGAGGAAUUGGAGAAUUUUCUACUUUAUCGUGUCACAAAAUAUAUUCCCAAGACGAAUCAAAUAGUUAUUGAUCUGCAGUGUCGAUUGAUAUGGGAGUUUGGAGAUGCUGAAGGAUUUCGUUGGCAUGAGCUGUCGGAGUCCCGGCUGUCGCUGAAAGAGAACCUGUGCCGCGGCACGUUGCGCGUGCUGGCAGCCCUGGGCGUGGGCGACGCGCACCUCCGCGGCCUCGUUCUCUACCAUCUGCACGCUGCACUAGCAGAACGCGCCAGGCGCUAUCCAGAUCUUUACGAGGAGCUGAAAUCUGAGAUAGAGAAUUGUAUAGAACAAGCGUAUCACAUUCUCCAAGGUGACAUAUCUGCGCCACCGGAUUUGGAACUCAGACACCGAUACCUUGGCCCCGGCUGUGAUAAACCUCAAGAAGAAAAGUUCUUUAUACUUGAUAAAUAGGAAAUCGGGUUAUUAGUAAACGCAAUUUAUUGUUUUUUGUAAGGUAUAAUAUAUGUAAUCGCUAUUAGUACUAUUUUAUUUAUUUACAAACUGCGUCGUCUGCGUCUGAACUAUUUAUUCUUACUUUAAUUUAAAAGCUAUUUAUUCUCGCCUUCAACAACACUAUCUUGAAGAUGAUACUGGCAAUGCCGACAAAAGCUAAUCUAGAUAACUGUAAAAUCUUUGACUAUGUUGGAAACACCUUCGCCAUCCGCACCUCUGUGCCUUCUUUAUUUUUCAAUCAGACGACGCAGUUUGCAUAGACACCGAUUAUACAAAUUGUGAACAUUAUAUUGAUAAUUUGUUAAAUUGUGUCAUAAGCGUAAAAAGAAAUGUUACAUGCCUAUGUCAUCAAAUUAUAUUUAUCUAAGUAAAAUAAAUAAUUUGAAAAUA